GAUCUCCAUCGCGUAUAUUUUCAUUGACAAUAAAAGUCUGAUAAUAUACGGAUAAUACACUGUCUUUGACGUCUGACUCAGAUAGGCUAGUCGUGCGACGUGAGUGAAAUGUCAGAAAAUGAAACUGGAGUGCGGUUGUGAUAAUCGUAAAUAGUUCACUGUGAAGUUUAUGAUUAAUUUAUAUAAUGUAGCGCAAUGCUCUCACAAAUACGUGUCAAAUAUUCAUACUGAACACAUUUUUCUCUCAAAAACUGCAUAAUGGGAUCCAGAUUGAGAGAAAAUGUGCGACACCUGUUCGAGUGUUUCUGCGAAGUCGCUGCCCCUGUUGCGGACAAAGAUCCCUGGCUACUACAGAGGUUCCCGGAAUCUUUUUCCGAAGAAGAAAUACUUAAAUCUGUUCCUAAAUUUGCGUACCCUUGUAGUUUCGAAAACGUACUUGUGCAGCACUUUUCAUUCGUAUUGACGAGUAUCGAUUCAAAAUGGACGUUUGGAUUCUGUCGACACGAUCCAAAGACCGAAACGGCGUUAGUAAUUUUGAGUGCCUUACCUUGGCAUGAAAUCUUCUAUAAAUUGUUAAAUCAUAUUGCCACCAUAACUGCAAGCGGCAAAGAUGGAGAUCUUUGGAAAUUCCUUCAAGAUGUUUAUAGCAAGGGUGUUCCUUCUCCCGGAGCUUCGCUUACCAUUCCUCUUCCAGAUCCUAGUGUUGUAUUCGUCUGUCAAAGCCCAAAACAAUUUCAGUUGCCUAGUAUUCCGGAAAACAGAAAUUUGACUGAGUAUUAUAGCGCCAUUGAUUCGCACAAUAUGAUGAUAGUGUUCGCCUCCAUGCUGUACGAAAGACGUAUUAUAUUUACUUCGAAAAAGUUGUCAAGACUGAGCGCUUGUGUUCAAGCUUGCAAUGCCCUGAUCUACCCUAUGAUUUGGCAGCACAUAUAUAUUCCCGUUUUGCCAUUGGCCCUGAUGGAUUAUUUGCUAGCUCCGAUGCCUUUUCUCAUCGGCGUGCCAGCGCCUAUACUUGAGAGAGUACGUCAAAGCGAUUUGGGUGAAGUAGUGAUCCUUGAUGCAGACAACAACACUAUUCAAUCCCCGUUUGACGAUCUGGAGUCCUUGCCUCAAGAUGUGAUAAUUAAUCUCAGAAGAGCACUACGUAACAGAGCUGCCUUGCUUGGUGAUGGAGUGUCAAGGGCAUUCCUACGCGCAUUAGUUCAAUUGACGGCUGGUUACAGAGAGGCUCUAACUCUCCAGCAAGGGGAACGUAUUACGUUUGAUGAGAAGGCCUUCGUAGACAGCCGGCCUUCGUCAAUGCAACCCUUUCUUCGUAAAAUGCUGGAAUUACAAAUAUUUCAACAAUUUAUAGAAGAACGUUUACACAUGCUCAAUUCCGGUCUUGGUUUCUCUGACGAAUUUGAAAUGGAAGCUCUUAAUUAUUCGGAAAAAUCUGGCAGUAAAUUCCGACAGCAGUAUCGCGAAUGGUCGUACGCGAUGCGCAAGGAAGGUUCUGCAUUUUUUCGGAGUGUCAAAGAUAAGGCCAAUCCUGCAGUCAAAUCAGCUGUUAAAUCGGUCAAGGAGAAGGGUAAAGACAUGAAAACAGCGUACAAAGGCUUGCGCUGGAAAGGUCGAACGAAUAGACAAGAAAGUGGCAUGAGAUACCAACAGCCCAGGUCAGCCCCGAGUUCUCCUACGUUGGAUAGAAGGCCUGUUACAUUUGCGUCUCCUUCGAAACCAGCUGCCGCUUACACAGCAACUACUAGCUAUCGAAAAGAGCUUCGAUUCCGAAACGCUGCUGUACCCGACACAAGCAGGAAGCGAUACUCUCCAUUGAGUCCCAGUUCACCCGAGGAAACAGAUUAUCCGGUUGAAAGGCUAGACAUAGAUCUGAUGAACGAACUUCGAGAUGUUAUAUAUCCUAAUACUCCGCCUGUCGAUAGAACGUUGAAGCCAGUGCGCAGUUUAGACAGCUUGAGGUCUGCAUGGAGUGGGCGCUUGCGGCACGGCCCUCUUCCUUCCGACACUUCCAUUGCCACAGACAUUUACGAUCCCUCCCGUACUUCAGAUUCCUUCUCUUCCUCCACCUUAGAAUCAUCCUCGACUAGUUCCAACGCUCAAUGCACAACAAAUCACAAGCUGCUAGAACCUGGCACGCCAUUGAUUUCUGUAACUAGUGAUACCCUGCUAGAUAUUUCCGAUUCUUCGACUACUAAUAGCAGUUCUAACAUUAACGGAAUUGACUCGUCAAGUCCGUCUUCGAUCAGAUCUUUAUUCAGUUUGAAAAAUUCGGACAGUAUUCCAUUUGCUUCACUUGGAAUCGAAGAUCGGGCGACCAACAGUUCGAAAACAAACAAUCGUGUGGAAAAAUCGACUCGCGGUUCGCACGAAUUUGUCAAUCCCACCAAUCCGUUUGUCAACAAAAGUAUAUCUCAUACUCAGACUUUGGUGGAACAUAACAAUGACCAAAACAAAACUACAGAAAAUUUGAAGACUGACGUACUCAGCGUGCAAGAUUCGGAUAAUUCUUUCGAUCGAGAACAUCAAUCUUCGUUACGGAUUUCUUGGUUUAAUAAUCUAUUGGAUGCUAAUUUGAAUAUUGCAGAUCCUAACUCGCAAUUAAUUGCCGAUGAUCCAUUUGACACAAGCCAAAUACUGAACCCUUUCCACCCACAGAACCCAUUGUUAAUUCAUCCCAUCAGCCUAAAGCCGAGUCCGACCAGCAUUCAACCACUCCCUCCAUUAAAUAAUCAGCAUUACUCUGCACAGGCUAAGGAUACACCAGAGCCCCAUGAUUUAAUCAGACUAGAUUCAACGAAUAGCGACGAUGAGUUUGACCCACUUUUAUCAAAGUCUGUAAAGAGUAACAGCGCCAAACAAAUGACUCAGUCAUUGCAUCUUCCACAGAUGGGAGAAGGUCUGACAAAUCCUUUAUAUCCAUAUUUUUUACCUCAGCAUAAAGCUAGAGAAGAUCUUGACUUACUUCAGGAGUAUGGUCUUGAUUUCAAUAAAUUUAAUCUAGCCAACGGCGCGUCUUCCGCAAUGACUACAUCGUGUAAUCACACACUUCAAGAAACUAGUACAGCUGCUUCGUUCAAUACGUCCACUGUUAAAACUCAGAAUAAUUGGACAAAAUUUGAAUGAAUAGAAUUUUGAGCGAAGUUGUAUACAUAUCAAGAUAGUGAAUAAUGAUAUUGAUGAUAAUGUUAAUAAUAAUUGUAAAUACAUGAAUUAUAUUUGUUACUAUUUAUACGUGGAUAUGAGAUUGUGAAUAUCGUUUUGGCGUGAAAGAAGUGAGUUUGUUCGAAAUUGAAAUAGAUGAAAGAUUCUUUUCACUGUAUAUAAUUUGUUUUCUAAAUUCAAACAGUAUAAUUUAA